AUGUCUUGGAAUGUUAGGGGCUUAAAUGCCCCUAACAAAAGGCGCCUCAUUAAAUCACAGUUGGAUUUAAUGAAGUGUGAUGUGUUACUAUUGCAAGAGACUAAGUUAAGUUGUCAGGGUGCUGAUUUUUUGUUUUCGAAAUGGAAGUUGUGGAACUUUUGUGUCUCUCCUUCUGUGGAGGCGUCUGGGGGCUUGGCUUUUCUUUGGAAUGAUGUGUCUACUGAGUUUAAAUUGGUUGUUUCUACUCCCUUAUGGAUGUGGGCUUUGUCUUCCCUGCAUGGGAAGACUGUGGUUUUUGGAGGGGAUUUUAAUGCCAUUUCUUCUGAUGAUGAGAAAAUUGGGGGUAUUUUGCCCAAUAAGCGUAUCUUGGGGGAUUUUUCUGCUUUUAUUCAUAAUAAUGAUUUGGUGGAUUGUAAAACCUUGAAUGGUCUGUUUACUUGGACUAAUAGGAGAAAAGAUUUGUCGCAGAUUGCUGAAAGACUUGAUCAUUUUUUAGUUUCUGCCGCUUGGAUUUCGUCUGAUAUGGAUGUUGUGGCUUCGGUUUUGCCUUAUGCUGGUUCUGAUCAUUUUCCGAUUGUGUUGUCUAUUUUGGAUGAUAGAGCUCCUGGUCGUUCUUCUUUUAAAUUCGAACCAAUGUGGUUUUGA